AUGUGGACGUUCCUUCCUCAAGAAGAAAAGGUUAAGGAAAAUGAAGAAUGGCGAGGCAUUCUCCUUUAUGCCAGUGGACAGGAAGACUCUCUCAAUAUCAUCCCAAUUGUUCGUUACGGCGAUGACUCAACUACAAAUGUAUGGAUGGAGGUAGAGAACCUGCCCCAGCUAUAUGGUAACCGAAUGGGGAGCUGCCCCAUACCCCCCUCCCAGCGAAGAAUCUACUUCGAAGGUGGUGUACGGGUGAAGUGGAGGGAACACACCUUGCCUCUUCUCUGGGCUCUCGAUAGACACUUGGCUGGAUUACCGCCUCUAAUGCCAGCUCUGAAUUGA